CACAAUUUCACACGACUUUGAAAAACACGAUGCCCAUCCAAGUAGACCAUAAACCAAUCGGCGAAUGUUCCCUCCUUUGCAAGCGACCUUGGGGAAGAAGCCAUUCAAUUGACCCUCCUCCAAUUUCACAAUAAAUUAUGUUCAAAUUCUCGAUUUAAAUCUCCAAUCACAGUUUAUCCCUCUACGCGAUUGGAGUUAUAGAUCCAACCAUAUCCAAUUUUCCCUCUAAUUUCAAUACCUGAUACGAAAAUCCGACAUGGGUAUAAUCAAAAGCACCUUUUCAUUCAUGUUGGGGACAGCUUUCGGGGUCUACGUUGCUCAGAACUAUGACGUUCCGAACGUUAACAAGCUUUACAAGACGGGGCUCGUGAUGGCCAAGCACUAUGAAGAAAAUUAUCGCAAACCCAAAGGGAAAGGCGAUGAUGAUGACCGGAAUGACAGAUGAUUAGGUUUCCAGUUUCUCCCAGGUUUUAAUUCAUAUUUACUUGUGUUUUCUUUCAAUCUGGAUGUUCUUUUCUCGAAAAGCCCCAUUAAUGGAUGGAAUUUGAUUAGAAUUAGGGUUUUGAUAAAGGGGAAUAUAUAAUUUCGAUUUAAAAUUUGUGUUUUGGGAUUUGAAUUAUGUGCUCUUCGUUGCCCUAUAAUCUUGUAUCUUUUGAUGAUAAAUGAGGAAUUGUUGAACCAAGUUAGAGAA